UUCUCUCCAAUAUCCACAACAUUAUUAUAAAUAAUAAUGUUAUUGCCGCCUAAUAGCAUUAUAAAUACCCCUAAAUUAUCCUUUAUUUUAACCACCAAACUUCUACAACAACAACCAAUAAAGCAAAAUAAAACUCAAAUCAGUUUAUUAAUUCCUACACUUUCCAGAUCGGAGGGAAAAAAUGGCGGCGAGUAGCGUAUUGAAUCGGCUGAGGAAGGCGGUGAAGAAGCUUAAAUUCAUGAUGAACUUCAGCAUCCAAAGCUGGCGGUUGGCGGCCAUGUUAGGCCGGACUUCAUCGAGAAAUCUCCGCCUUAGCUUCAACGAACGGCCGGGAUUAAUGGCUUGUACGGAGGAUAUUAUUGAAGAAGAGUCAGUUUCUUCAUCUCGUGGGCUACAAAGAACCACCAGCUACGCUUCUGAAGAUGACGUGGACAAGCGAGCGGAGGCUUUCAUUGCUAAUUUCUAUCGCCAGCUCAGAAUCGAACGCCAGGUGUCACUUGAGCUUCAAUAUUGCCGUGGAAAUAGUUUUAACAAACUCAUAAUUUCUCCUUGAUUCUGUUUUUUGUUAAAUAUAAUUUUUCCAGAGGGAUAUAUCUUCAAUUUGGGGUUGAUUAUGGAUCGAUUAUUAUUCCUUCCAGUUGAUGAUGCAAAUUUUAAUUCAAUUCUCAAGAGGAUUUGAAUUUGGAGAUGGGAUUAUUGGAUUGAUUAUCAUUAUUUGAUGAAUAAUUCAAUGGCUAAUUAAAUUAAGCCUUGAAUUUUGUUGUAAAAUUCAAUUAUGGUGUGCUUUGAUUAUCUUUUGGCUCUCCAGGUCAAGAAGAAGAUGUCCCCACUUGCUUUUCCGUGGAAGACAAAUUGAAGGCAAUAAUGGGGAUAUUUGGGAAUUUGGUUCUGAAUUUUCAAGAAUGUUUUUUUUUUCUUUGUAGUGAAUAAUUGAAAAUACAAUUAUUUGUUUGUUCUUUAUUAUGUA